GUCGUUAGACAGUCCACUCCACAAUGCCCAACAGUCACCAGUCUGUGUCGCUGCUCCCGUGGCUGCUAUUUGUCCUGUGCUGGCUGCAGUCCUGUCAAAUUGUCCAAUCCCUGCACCCGAGGGUCAUCAAUGGCGAGGAUGCGGAGGCGGGACUGGCCCCCUAUCAAGUCUCCCUGCAGAAAGAGGGCUGGCACUUUUGCGGCGGUAGCAUUGUCACCCCCCGAUGGAUCCUAUCGGCGGCGCACUGUCUCGUUGAGAAGCUACCUACCGUACUGGUGGGCAUCACAGAUCUGUCCAAUGCGAUCGAGGGACAGCGCUACACCGCCGAUUACAUGAUUGUCCACUGCCGCUACAGGGAGGACUCUCACGCCGACGACGUGGGCCUGGUCAGAGUGACCAAGGCCAUUAAAUACGGAAAAUUUGUGCAGCCCAUCACCAUCGAUUGGCGGCCAGUGCCGCCCGGAUCAAAGCUACUUAUCACAGGCUGGGGCGCCAUCUCGUUCCUGGAGCUGUCCAACGAAACGUCGCCCAUCGAGGAGUAUCCCCAGAAGCUGCAGAAGCUAAUAAUGACAGGCAUCUCCCUGGAUGAGUGCCAACAGUAUUACUCAACGAGCGAUGAGACUGACGCCGUGGACCUUGGCUGCCUUUGCGCCUUCUUCGCCGGUGGUACCUGCAGCGGGGACUCUGGCGGCCCCCUCGUCCUCAAGGGCAGACUGGUGGGCGUGGUCAGCUAUGGGCUCGCCUGUGGCGAUAACAUUCCCGAUGUCUUUGCCUCCAUGUGGAUGUACUACGACUUCGUACAGACAAUCAUUCGGGACUGUCUCUACCACGAGUGUAAAUGCAAGGAACCCAUGCUCAUUAACCAACACGAGCUAUUCGCCGAUUCACAUAAAGAAAAGUUUUUUAAAAACAGAAGAAGAUUAUCAUAAUCAAAUCUGAAACGGUCUGAAUACGAGUGUAUACGAGGCAUUAAAGUCACAGUGAGAAAUAAUUUGUAA